GAAGACUCUGGCACGAGUGAGCUCUCCGUCCCGCUCCGCUUGGGAGUUUCGUUCAAGGCAUCGCGAUCACGUGAGAGUCACGAGCUGACAUCGCACCUAUAACUUUUCCGACUCCACGCGUCAUGGACAUAUGCGCAGGGAUAUCCAAGAUCCGAGGCUCAGAGCCAUCUUUUUUCUGCAGCCUUUCAAAUUUCACUCCUCAGUAGCGAGGGCGAAACCGACAAGCUCAACUUUCCCUUUCCUCGCCGCUCGAUCAGAUUCCGAUGAGACCCACAACUUGUCGGUCACGAGUCGGGAUAUCCCUUUGGAAAUGAAAUUUCACCAGGGAUCAAUUAUCCAUGUCAGAUGUCCAUGCAUUUUCC